UAUUGAUCUUGCCGGGAGUGCGUUGGACUGGCUGGUCUAGAAAAACGAUCAUAUAUAAACCUUUCAAAAUGUUUAGGAGGUCCCACAACUCUUUCUAUUGCUCUGGCAAGUUUUCCAGUGCCGAAUUAAUGUCAUAUGAGCGUUUCUUGUCCUAAAGGGUCUAAAAGGCACUGAACGAUUUCUUUUAUUCAUCAAAGAUAAACCUCCUAUAAUAAGUAUGUAUGUUACGCCACUGAAUAUUGGGAAUAUUUAAAUAGAUUGAGGUUAUGUUAAUAGGUGUGACUGCUGACAGUAAAUAAACAAACUUUUGUAAAUAUUUAGAAAUUCAAACUUAGAAAAUGUCGAAUAAUAUAAUAACGAUAGGUAGCUUAGAGAUGCUUCGCAGCAUGUACGAUUUUAAAGCAACUUACCCUCAAGCUUUAAGUUUUAAAAGUAACGAAUACUUCAUUUUACACCAAACUAGAACGAAGCAUAAGAAUUGGUGGGAAGUAAUAAAUGCGAAGGGCGAGAUGGGCUUUGUUCCUUCGAAUUACGUCGAGUCGUUAACAGUGAAAGCGGCAUUCUACUUGGAAUUCUUAGAAAACGCAAUAGUGUCGUUGCAGUACACAGAAAUAGAGCCGCUAUCGGGAAGCAAAAAGGAUAUACUGGUGCGACUAAAGGAGCUAAAACGACAGGUCGAGUUUCUACCAGAAAUUCAAGAAAAUUCAAUAGUCAGCGAUGAGACGACCGUUCUUCCACCACUUUUAUUUCGUAAUUCAGACGGUAGCUUAGAAACAACGAGCGGCACGGCUAGUAAUACAUCGUGCAGCGCGACUGAUGCAAAACCCCCAUUAGAGGAGUCCAUCAAGGAAGCAAAUGGCAAACCUCCCGAGACCGCUGAACGUAAAAUCUCGGAACCGAAUAUACUAACCGCUUCAAACGCCAAAGUUUCGCCAAUAAUUACCUCGCAAGCGGUGUACGAGCUGGUGGAGAGCGUGCGAAUUAACACUCAGUUAUCGCACGAAAUGUCUAAAGUCGCCUUGGAAACCGUAAUUCAAGGUUUGCACGACCUGCUACCCGCAUCUGCAUUUCCCUACUUGAGUACAAUUUUAACACACUGCCAGACGUCUCUGGUCGCCGACGACGUUCAAAUCGACCAAACCCACGAUGCUAGCCGACUAAAAAUCAUAUUCAACGAGCUGACCUCGUGCAAAGAAGAUUCCCAGCAGAGAAGCUGGAUGUUGCACGAAGACGAGGGGGUUAUUAAAGAGUACAUAACGGAGCUGAUAUCAAUUCUGUCGAACGCCGACGCCAGCAUAUCCAAGCAUGUCAUUUCGAUCGAUCAUUACCAUGUUAUCACGACGCUGAUUCAGUAUUAUCAAAUGGAAGUUCGUUGGUCAAUUAGACAGUUAUUAAUUCAGGCGUUUGGAGUACUCUGCAAUUUGGACGGUACUGUCGUAACAAUUAUGUUAAAUUCCGUUCUGCCGAGUGAACUUGCCAGGGAUAUGCUGUCGAAUUCCCGGAACAUAUCCAAGCUUAAAUACUCAUCCCUUCUACUCACAAUGAUUUUUUCUCUGGGAGAGAGAAUGCCUAUAACACAUUUGGACCAAAUUGGCCCACCGUUCCUCAACUUCAUACUCAACAACAUCGAGUCUCCCCCCGACACCGACAUUGAAGAACAGAUUCCCGAUUUGUUUUUAACGUUUUUGCUCUCCUUCAACUUGCAAUUCGACACCGACGCCGACAAUGUCGUCUUAAAUACACUCGAAGGGAAGAGCAUGGCGAAAACGUUUACGGAAAAAAUUCUAUUACUUUUCAAUAGAGAAGAGGAUCCCGUGCGCAUUUUUGAGCACGAACCGUCACCACCACAUUCCCUUUUGAAGUUAUUCUUGGAUUUGUUCAGUCGAAAAAGUACGGCCGAUUUGUUUUACACAAACGAUAUUAAAGUACUCAUAGAUAUAGUUGUUAGGAAUAUUUCCGAUUUAUCUCCAGGUGAUAAGCGAAGGGGGCAGUACCUCGAGCUAUGCAGACGGGUGAUGAAAAGUACAAAUUACGAUGAACAUUAUCAUCGAAAAGAAGAUAUCCUCAAGAGCUUCACGCGAAUUUUCUGUGAAGAAUCAAGCCAAAGUGUUCAAGAUCAAAAAUUAGUAAGAGAGAUUAUGAACGAAUUUCCACUGUAUUUUAAGUAAAUUUACUUAUUUGUGUACUAUUUUUGCUCGUUACUUAUGCACAGCUAAAUGUGUCUCGAUUUCACUUCUACAGCUUGGUACGAACGGGAGAUACUGACCGUAUUGAAAAUUUAUUUUCAUUACCAGGUAAGACGUCAUAGUGAUACAAAUAAUUGUAAAAUUAACCGAAUUUUCAUUGUAAUAUCAACGUACUUAACCCGUUAAAGGGAAACAAGUACAAACAAGAACAUUUCGAGAUUCCAUGGAUCUUAGCAAUAAUUCACUUCAUUUUGUAUGUCCAUUUCAUUAACUAAAGCACGAACCAAUUUAAUUUAUUACCAAAAUUUGCUUCCAUUACUGUUGUAAGAAUUCGAAUUUUAACACUGGGAUGGGAACCACCAACUUUAAUAUCAAAGCACAAUUUCCAAGUUCUUAGUUUUAGUAAAGUUUUGAACGUACAGGGUGAAAACUGGAAAAUUCACCCGUCAUUCCAGAAAGUUUCAGAAGAGUGCCAAAGUCAUUCGACAUAUUCAUAAAUUAUAUAAUGUUAAUAUUAUCGCUUAUGUAACUUUUGAAAGUUGACGCGUUUUAAUAUAGAUUUUAUUAUCGCUGUCCGUUGGAAAAUGUUGUAUUUGCAUGUCAUUUUAAAUAAAAUGUAUUAAUUAAUCGGAAUGGACGCCACUGGGUGAAAUUUUGAAGGGCCAAGAGAAAGAGGAUCACCACUAAGUGCGCUGCAUCGCUAAUCAAGUUGUGUGUUUUCAAAUAUUUGAUCUUCCACGCAGCACUGUUAAUUAACUCUAACAUUAUAUAUUUAUGAGAAAUAAAGGUUGUUAUUUGUUAAAAAUUGUCU